UUCACCGGAGACCCCAUGACCGGCUGAGAAGUGCAGUGCGGGACCCGGUCGUCAAGCUAACAGCACUCAUCAUGAUCCGCUCAAUGUUGGACACGGCCCGCGCCAGCCCGUUCCCGACCGUGGCCCAGUGUGAGCCGUCGGCGCCCCGCCGUCAGCUCGUCCACGGCCGCGAUGUGGCCGCCUUCAGCACCGCAGAGCCCGAGUACAGCUGCGAAUACGGCUCACCCAAGUUCUUCGCGAUCGCCGGCUUCGGCGGUAUCCUGUCUUGUGGCAUCACACACACAGCCAUUGUGCCGCUCGACCUGGUCAAGUGUCGUCUGCAGACGAAUGCCGACAAGUACAAGGGCAUCUUCAAUGGCUUCAAGGUGACUGUCCGGGAGGAGGGCUUGCGCGGUUUGGGCCGCGGCUGGGCGCCCACCGCCAUCGGAUACUCGAUGCAGGGCCUCUGCAAGUUCGGCUUCUACGAGGUCUUCAAGAACCUGUACUCGAACAUGAUGGGCGAGGAGAACGCCUUCCUGUGGCGCACAACGCUGUACCUGGCGGCGUCGGCGUCGGCCGAGUUCUUCGCCGACAUUGCGCUGGCUCCCAUGGAGGCCGUUAAGGUACGGAUCCAGACCAUGCCGGGUUUCCCAGCCACGCUGCGCAAGGGCUUCCCGAUCAUCAUGUCGCAGGAGGGCUGGUGGGGCUUCUACAAGGGCGUGGCGCCGCUCUGGGCCCGCCAGAUCCCUUACACGAUGAUGAAGUUCGCCUGCUUCGAGCGCACCGUCGAGGCCCUCUACCAGUACGUGGUGCCCAAGCCGCGCGACCAGUGCUCCAAAUCCGAGCAGCUGGUGGUCACAUUCGCCGCCGGCUACAUCGCCGGCGUGUUCUGCGCCAUUGUCUCCCACCCAGCCGACACCAUCGUCAGCAAGCUCAACAUGGCCAAGGGCUCGUCCGCCGUCGAGGUGGCCAAGAGCCUCGGCUUCAUGGGCAUGUGGAAGGGCCUGACGGCACGUAUUAUCAUGAUCGGCACGCUGACGGCGCUGCAGUGGUUCAUCUACGACGGUGUGAAGGUGGCUCUGCGUGUGCCGCGGCCGCCGCCGCCCUCCAUGCCGGAGUCGCUGCGGCUCAAGCUGGCGGCCAAGCAGCAGUAGUGGGCGGCGCCACCGGCCCGCGAAUGUGUGAGAGCGGCCGGGUGGCGCCACCACCCCGGGGGCCGUCCGGCCGCCGAGAGCUGUGAGAGCGGACGGGUGGCGCCACCACCCCGGGGGGCCGCCUGGCCGCCUAGAGCUCUUGGAUGCGGCGCAGCGGUGACCGCGCGGCGGCUGGCUGACGCGUGUACACUGGGCUGGCCGCCGCCGAAUAUAGUUAUCGGAUGCGGGUC